CGAGUUGUUGUGCUUCGCUGCGUGCCGUUGCGAUAAUCGGGUUCCUUUCCGCCGUAUCGCUGCACAAAUAACGGCUCUUCCCUUUGGACUGAGAAAGUCGCGCAACGAUGGAGUCACGUCAAGCACAUCAGAAGACGGUUUUGCCGCGUAAGCCAGUAACAUAAUUCAUACCGAAAAAAUGCAGCAGAAUACCCCUAGGAAAACUUCUUCUAAGAUGGAAUUCGGACAGGCUUUGGCGGCAUUCUGUAAAGAUUUUCAAAAUCCAAAGGCAGCAUGGAUCAAGGUGAUAUUUUUCUUUUUAACUGGAGCGACGGCAUGCCUGUACCCGUUCCUGCCACUCUACAUGAAGUCGCUGGGCCUGCGUCUCAGCGAGGUGGCCGUCAUCCUCAGUCUCACCCCAGUGUUCGCAGUCACCGGCACCUAUCUGGCCGGCAAGGUGGCCCUCAAGACCUCCAACGUCAAGGCGCUGCUGACGGCGCUGACGGCACUCUGCGGCCUGCUGCCGCUGCUGCUGCUGACGGUGCCGGCCGGACGCACGGUCAGCCCGCUGCCGCACUUCAACAUCACGCUCACCAUCUUCUGCGGCAUCACCUCACACCCGGAGAUGUUCCUGCUGCCGGUGCCGCCCGUCUCAGGACCCUCCUGCCACCUGCCUGAAGGCGUCGGCGUCGUUCGCGAGAUUCGGGUGGGCGCGUGCGGUCACAUGUGCGCGCGGCCGCUUAACCCGCCGCCGGUGCGCUCGGCUCAAGACGAGGAGGAGCAGCUGUACGUCCGGGCGCGAGCCAUCGAGCUCGACUCGCGCUUCUUCAUGCCCGACUCGAACGUACCCACCUGGGACUGCAGCCGACAGUCUUCGACAGAUCACGGCCGUACGUGCAACCAGUCGGUGGAGAAGCUGCUGGCCCAGGUGCAGCGCUACGCCAACGUCUCGAUCCACGUGGAGACGCACCCGCACCUGACGGCGCGCACCAUCGCCACCGUGCUGGGGCGCAGCGAGUCGCCGAUGGGCGACCUCUGGCAGCGGUGCCGCCACCCGGGCGCCUUCCACCAGACGGCCAUGGAGAGUCACAUCCACCACAACUACCACUGCGAGCACCAGUGCGUGGCGUCCGCCGAGUCGCACGACCUCUGCGUCAACCGCUCGAUGGUGUCGGAAGCAGACGUGGCGCUGGCCUUCUGGCUGCUGUUGGUGAUCAAGUCAGCCAACACGCUGCUGGCGUCGCUGACGCUGGCGCUGCUGGAGGCGGCGGUGGGCGCGUUCCUGCGCGAGGCGGGCAGUGGGACCGAGCUGGGACGUCAGAAGACGGUUGGUCUGCUCGGCAAGGUGCUGCUGCCCAUAGCUGUCGGCUUCCUGGUGGACGUGUUCAGCGAUGUCGGCCGCAUCCAAUUCACGUGUCUAUUUCUGACGUACACGGUGCUGGAGUUGGUUGCGGCCGGCUUCAUCUGGUUUUCAUCACUGACGGUUAUGUCGGAGCCACAGAUCCCCGUGAAGAAUGUGCUGACGAUGCUGAAGAACAUUGAGCUGGACGUGCUCUUGUUUACAGCCUUUGCUUGCGGCGUGUUCUCCGGCUACCUGGACCACUACGCGCUGUGGCAGCUGGAGGAGCUGGGCGGCCGCAUGUGGCUGCUGGCGCUGACCGUGGCCGUGGCCGCGCUCGCCGCCCUGCCGCUGGUUGUGCUGGCCGAGCCUCUGGUGCAGCGACUCGGCGCCGGUAACCUGGUGGCCGCCGGCCUGGCAGUCGUCGGCAUCAAGCUCUUCGGGUACGGUCUGCUGGUCACCCCGGAGCUGUGCCUCCUGAUCGAGCUGUGCGAGCCGCUGGUCGGGCCGCUGUUCAUCAGCGCCGUGCUGCGCUACAGCAGGAACAUCACCAGCAAGGCCAACAGCGACACCACUGGUGUUCUGGUCGCCACCGCCCACUAUGGAUUCGGCCGAGGCAUCUGCGCCGCCCUAAUUGGCGGGCUCAUGUUCUGCCUGGAGCUCGACUUCCCGCAGAGUGCGCAGAUCCUGGGCGGCACUGCCCUGGCAUCUGGCGUCAUCUACUACCUCUUCUGGCACUGCUGCUUCAAAUACGUCCGCCAGGUGAUGCCAGGGUCGUCGGAGAGCGCGGGUAGCCAGCGCAGUCGCUGGGGCAGCGUGCGCUACCUCAGCUUUCGACGCAGCCGGAUGAGGCGCGCCGCCGCGCAGACCGGGCCGGCCGACACCCGCGCCGACCUGUCCACCAUCGAGGAGGACAAGAAACCGAGCCCGGUCUGACCCGGCCUGCCGAACACCAGACGCCCAGCCUGGUCUGGAUGGGCGAUUAAAGGAGUGGAAAGCCGGGUAUGGUCUGGAUUGGCGACUGCAGAGAAAGGAUAAAGCUGCGUGUGGCCCGGCCUGACCACUGACGAGGAUAUCCAUAAGCCGUAGCCGGCAUAACUUGGCCACAAUAGAGGCAGAAAAGAAGCCGGCGUGGUUUGACUUAGCUCCAAAGAAGACAAGGGGAUCCAGGGCCCGGUCCGACCUUGCCGUUAAAGAGGACUGUAAGACGGCUUCGGCCUGAACUGACAGAUUUGGGGGCGUUCGCCAGCGCAUCCUGCUAUGACGCAACCGUGCUGAAGACUUGCCGCUGGUGCGCGUCGGCAACACGUCUGUGUAAUCACCAGGUGAUAAGCAGCGGUGCACAACGUGCACGGAAAGCAUCGCGUGCAUUGUUUGCUAGCACUGCCAUCGAUGGAUGGCUGUAGUUAUCGGCCGGUGGUAUUCGGCUGGGUGCGUGAUCGCGCCGCCAGCACUGCGUGCCGAGUAAUCUGUCCGGCUGCGACGUAAGGGAACGGCGACGAAGUGGUAAUGGGUUGUACCUUUGUAGCAGCAUAUGCUUCUGCGGGCGCGGAUGCAGCCACCACAUACCCGCAAUCAGGAUGAUUUCUUAGGAAGAGCAUGGGCGAUGGGUUUUCGUCUCUUUUUGCAAAUGCGCCGAACAACAAUCUUAUGCCGUGCUGUAGAUAGCAAGUUAUCUCGUGUCUGUGCGUGUGCUUUACAACAAUUGAAGACAUCAAUAUUGAUAUGAAAGUGUUUCGUGUUUCCAAUGCAUACUGAGAUCCCCUUUAAGGGCGUGUCGGAUGUCGCAGUCUGUGACUGACUUUCCCUUCUGUCGCUCUGCGGUCGGAUGUCACAGUUUGUGACUGACUUUCCUUUCUGUCGCUCUGCGGUCGGAUGCCACUGUCUGUGACUGACUUUCCUUUCUGUCGCUCUGCGGUCGGAUGUCACAGUUUGUGACUGACUUUCCCUUCUGUCGCUCUGCGGUCGGAUGCCACUGUCUGUGACUGACUUUUCCUUCUGUCGCUCUGCGGUCGGAUGUCACAGCUUGUGACUGACUUUCCCUUCUGCCGCUCUGCGGUCGGAUGUCACUGUCUGUGACUGACUUUCCCUUCUGUCGCUCUGCGGUCGGAUGUCACUGUCUGUGACUGACUUUCCCUUCUGCAAAGCAAACCGUGCAGGCAUGGCGAUAUCGCCGUCGCUGGGCGACAAUGCUGUUCAGCUUGUUUUAUUUUGCGUGUUACUGUACAGUUUUUUUCCGAAAUCAAGUUGCAAUAUACUUUGUUUUG